AUGGAUGAAUAUCUUCAUAUGGAUUCUCAAGUUGGUUCUAGUUUGAUAUCUGAUUUCUCUUCAUUCAUUGGCAAAGUUGGGGAGGGAGAUUUGACAAAUAAAUUUACCACAAAUGAAAUAGUUCGUUCACAGGAGCACUUAAUUACAUGGCUACUGGUGUACGGGGGAAGAAAAGCGUUUGUCAUACUUGGAUGUGAAAGAGGGGGGAAAUAUCGGAAAUACAAAGCCCAUGCGGUGCCUAGUGUAUACGGCACUCGUAAAUGUGAGUGUCCGUUUAGAUUAAAAGGUAAACCAGGUUCAGACGGUGAUGGAUGGGUGUUGAAGGUGGUGUGUGGACAUCACAACCAUGAUUUGGCUGAAACUUUAGUUGGACAUCCUUAUGCUGGCAGGUUAAAUAUGAGUGAGCAGUCAUUACUGAGUAAUUUCACAUGGGCUUUCGAAAAGCUGAAAUGUUUAUUUUUAACAUCUGAGGGUGGUCCUAAAGUCAUUGUCACUAACCGAGACUUGGCUUUGAUGAAUGUCAUUGCAAAUGUAUUCCCUGAGUCAUAUCAGAUGUUAUGUGAGUUCCACAUCCUUAAAAAUGUUGAAGCUAAAUGCAAAAUGUUAGUUCAUUCUACUAAGGUUUGGGGUGUGUUGAUGGAUGCAUGGCAAAAUGUGAUGGAUUGUAAUGAUGAGAGCUUGUUUGCUGAUACAUACUUUGUAAAGUUUUGGACGAACAAAGUAAUGCAUUUAGAGAACAUAACCACAAAUAGGGUUGAGUUUUUUCAUUGGAGUUUGAAGAAAGUUCUGGGCAAUAGUAUGGGUGAUUUGUGUUCUUGUUGGGAUAGUAUUCAUAACGUUGUUAUCUUACAACACAACAAGAUUAAGGCGUCAUUUGAAAGAACACGAUAUGAUGUUGGAUUGAUCCCUCUGGGUGAAUUUCAUAUCAUGUGGCGAAGAUUGCAUUUCUCAAAUGUUGAAUUAAAUGAAACUGAGCCCGAGUUAUCCAUUAAAGAUGAGUCGAAACAAGUACAAGAACGAUUCAAUGAGGUUGACAUUGGAGGUAAAAUCACCAUCAAGCAAAAGUUACUUGAAAUUACUUGUCCUACAUUGACAUCAAUGGUCCCUCCAUUACAUAAAGUCAAGACAAAGGGUGCUAAAAAAAGUAAAGUUCAACGAAGAGAAAGGUCUACUAUGCGGGAUCCAUCAUAUUUUGAGUAUGUCGAUGCCUUUCAUUCAACCAUAGAAUCUUCAACUGUGAAAAGUAAAUUACAAUCAAAGCCAAAUGUAGUGAAGAAAAAGAAAGUUCCAAUGAUAGACCAGUUUCAUUCUAUUACUCACCCAUUCAUUGUGGACGUUGUUGAUGUUGUGGCUAAUGGUCACUGUGGAUAUAGAUGCAUUGCUGCCUCGUUGGGACUCGGAGAAGAUUCAUGGCCCGUUAUCAGAAAUGAUUUGUACAAAGAACUCAGCCAAUGGCGUGAUGAAUACGCAAGCCUAGUAGGAGGGUAUGAUAAACUAGAAGAACUGAGGAACUCUUUGUUGAUUACGAAGUCACAGUCGAUGGUUAACAUGAAUAAAUGGAUGACAUUACCAGACAUUGGUUAUGCAAUUGCUAACCGAUAUAAUGUCAUAUUAGUGUGUAUGUCAUCAUCUCAAAAUUAUACUAUCUUCCCACUACGUUCCACACCACCUUCUAAUAUAAAUCAACAUCGGUUAAUUUGUAUAGGACAUGUUCAUGGAUGUCAUUUCGUGCAGGUUAAGUUACAAGAAGAUUGUCCUUUGCCCAUGGUCAAUACCAUCUCCUCAACCCAAUGUUAUCCUGAGGCACGAGCGUGGUCAUCUAUGUAUACUAGUAGGAUGCAAACAUUUGCACACCUGAUGGGCGUAACGACAUCUUAUGUUGACUUGGGUGAUGCAUGA